CGCGGGGCUGGCGGGCGGCGGAGCCUGGGAGGCAGGCGUGGGCGCGGCGGCCGCACCCGGGCCUGCGCGGAUAGUCUGCGGGGCGGUCUCGGGCCUCUCUCCAUCUCUUAAGUGGUGGUGGCUGUGGGUCUUUCUGCAGGCGAUCCUUUUGAGUAAUUUGUUUCACGGACGCGCCGUGCUGUGGGGUAAAGCAGCAGUAUGCUGCUUUCAUCUGUCCGUGAAAACGGCUUGAGAACUGGGAGGAGGCUGGAGAAAAGAUGCCCUCUGAAUCUUUGUGUUUGGCUGCCCAGGCUCGCCUUGACUCCAAAUGGUUGAAAACAGAUACACAGAUGAUAGUGUCGAACACAGUGGAACAAAGAAAGAAGAUCUGGAUGACAAAGAAAAAUGAAGAAGAAACUCCUGCACCUGUGUACAGCGCCAAGUCAAUUCUGGACAGUUGGUUAUGGGGCAAGCAACCAGAUAAUCUUCUGCGUUUUGACACUUAGGAAAGCUUAAUCUGACGCUCCUUAUCUAAAUAACUUGGAUGGAUUAUUAGUAUUUAUGGUAACAAUUUUUUUGUUUUGUUUUUUUUGAGGCGGAGUCUAACUCUGUCGCCCAGGCUGGAGUGCAGUGGCGUAAUCUCGGCUCACUAAAAGCUCCAUCUCCCGGGUUCAAGGGAUUCUCCUCCCUCAGCCUCCCGAGUAGCUGGGACUACAGCUUUUGUCUGGCCCCCUGAGCCCCAGCGAGAGUUUCCUGAGGUACCUCACCCUUCCACAAGACAACGAGCUUGCCAUUGAUCUGCAACAGACCACGGUUGUUGUCAUGGGCCAUUUAGACCGUCUGGCUACGCCCUGUUUGCCUCCACUGUGUAGCUCUCCGACGUCUCGUAAGUCAUUAAACAAAAGGAGGCCCCGUGCGGUGGCUCAUGCCUGUAAUCCCAGCACUUUGGGAGGCCGAGGUGGGCGGAUCACAAGGUCAGGAGAUCGAGACCAUCCUGGCGAACACGGGAUCAUUGCAAGAGGUCACAGGUUGGGGGUUAACGGGAUGGAAAUACUAUGCCAAUGUGAUUGGUCCGAUCCAGUGCGAAGGCCUGGCCAACCUGGGAGUCACACAGUUUGCCUGUGCAGAGAAGCGCUUCCUGAUUCUGUCACGCAAUGGCCGUGUGCACACACAGGCCUACAAUAGUGACACACUGGCCCCCACAGCUUGUCCAAGGUCUUGCCUCCAGAAACAUUGUAAAAAUUGCUGCCCAUUCUGAUGGUCAUCACUGCGUAGCCUUGGCUGCCACUGGAGAGGUGUACUCCCGGGCUUUGGGGACAGAGGACGGCUGGGCCAUGGGAACACUGUGGCAAGUGUGGUCUUGGGGAGAUGGUGACUAUGGGAAAUUGGGCAGAGGUGGUAGUGAUGGCUGCAAAACCCCAAAGCUGAUUGAAAAGCUUCAAGACUUGGAUGUGGUCAGAGUCCGCUGUGGAAGUCAGUUUUCCAUUGCUUUGACGAAAGAUGGCCAAGUUUAUUCAUGUGGAAAAGGUGACAACCAGAGACUUGGACACGGACUAGAGGGACAUGUUUGUUUUCCAAAACUCUUAGAAGGCUUGCGAGGGAAGAAGGUGAUUGAUGUGGCUGCCGGCUCCACCCACUGCCUGGCUCUGACUGAGGACAGCGAGGUCCACAGCUCAGGGAGCAACGACCAGUGCCAGCACUUUGACACCUUGCGCGUGACCAAGCCAGAACCUGCGGCAUUGCCGGGACUGGACACCAAACACAUACUGGGAAUUGCCUGUGGGCCUGCCCAGCCUGCCUGCCCCUGCGUCGGCUCUGGUCUUGCCGCAGAGCACUUGGCUGUGCCCGCUGUUCUGUUGGUGCUGGGGGAAGGGCUGGAGAGCCGGCCCCGUGGCCUGCAGACACUUAUGCCCCACUUCCAGUUAGAGCAGGCUUUGCUCGGGGAUAAUGAUGAAGGAGAGCUGCGCUGA